AUGGACGACGACGCUAAUAAAAUAAUAAAACUAAUAAACUUGUUCGAAGUGGUCCCUGAAAAUCCAAUACAUGUUAUCGUUUCUUUUGUACUCGCUAACAUUGCUCUCGCGAUUGUUGUGUUUUUGAUCAGGAAGUUGACUGCUAAAUUCCAACCCGUAAUCCGCAUUAUUCUCAAAGAAUUCAUCGCUGUAGUUUGCUACUCCUUAUGCUAUCAUUCUCAAGAACUCAUGUUGCAUCACCUCGGUUAUCCUGGAAUGUUCUGCGCGAUUCUAUUUCAAAUGCUCAUUUUUCUAUCAGUCAACAAGAAAAACGGCGGAAAUUUGCUGAUUUUAAUGGAUGAGAUGACUAGAAAAGAUACUGUUAUCGGUUCACGGAAAGUCGGCGAGGAAAACACCUGGUGGUAUUUCUUGACAUUCACCACUCACGUGCUAGGCGCAGUGUUUACGUCAUUCAUGUUGACCAAGUAUAAUCAACUCCCGAAAUGUACCUCGCUCUACAAUUUAUCAGUUUAUGAAGGAGGUGUGAAACCAGAAAUCGCAUUCGUGGUCCUCUCUGAGUUUCUUGGUGGCUUCUUUUUUAACUUGUUUCUGAGAUACUUCAACAGAAAUCACACAGUCAUCGCGUUGGCUUACGCUAUCAUUUCCACUUCUUCUCGUUCGGCCAUCGGAGUCUACUCCGCUCAACUUCACACCUUUGUAAUCCGUUUCAUAAGUUGCUCUGACGUUGUGGAGAACGGCUUCUGGGGUUUUACAGUUCCGACAAUGACUUUACCAUCUUUUAUGGGCUGGAUAUUUGCGUCACACUUCGGAGAUUGGGAAUCGUUGAAAUCGAUCUGGUGGCUGAGAUUGGAGAGAAUAGAAAGAAUGGAGAGGAUUGCAGCGGAAAGAGCAGAAGAAGAACAGGAAGAAGAAGAAGUUCCAGAAGAAGAUGAACCUGGACAGCAAAAUCAGGAAAAUCAAAAGACGGGAGUAUGGAAGCAGAAACAAGAAGACAAGGUCAACAAGAAGAAGAAGAAAAACAAGAAUAGGUUUUAA